CAGUGGAAGAGGGCGGGGCCUAGGGCAGGUGACGUAGAAGCGUCGCCGAGGGCGGAGUUUGCGGCCCGUUUGGUCCUUCGCGCGCGGUGCCGUCUUUGUCCCACUGAGUGACUAACUGGUCUGAGGCGAUGCUGUCGUCGGGGAAAAAAGGGGCUGCGGCAGAGGCCCCGGUAGGCGGGAGUGGAGCCGGGGGCGAUGGCUCUGCCGAAGCCCUGGUUCCACCCCCGCUACCCCCUCCACCGCCGACCCUCUCGGGCUCCCUGAGCUCCGUCGAAGGCGGAGGCGGGGCCUCGGGGGCCUCGGAGCGCACGCCCCGCAAGAAGGAGCCGCCGCGCGCUUCGCCCCCGGGGGGCUUGUCCGAGCCGCCUCCGCCCGCCGGGCCAGGGCAAGUAGUAGCCUCAGAGACAACCGGCAUUGCCGAGACCCCGGAGGGCCGCCGGACCAGCCGCCGGAAGCGGGCUAAGGUGGAAUAUAGAGAAAUGGAUGAAAGCCUUGCUAACCUUUCUGAAGACGAGUAUUAUUCUGAAGAGGAAAGGAAUGCUAAAGCAGAGAAAGAGAAAAAGCUGCCGCCGCCUCCUCCCCCACCACCUCCUGAGGAAGAGAAUGAAAGUGAACCAGAAGAGCCAUCUGGGCAAGCAGGAGGACUUCAAGACGACAGUUCUGGAGGGUAUGGAGACUGCCAAGCAUCAGGUGUGGAAGGUGCAGCUUUCCAGAGCAGACUUCCACAUGAUCGGAUGACAUCACAAGAAGCGGCUUGUUUUCCAGAUAUCAUCAGUGGGCCACAACAGACUCAGAAGGUGUUCCUUUACAUCAGAAAUCGGACACUGCAGCUUUGGUUGGAUAACCCAAAGAUUCAAUUGACAUUUGAAGCAACACUACAACAGUUGGAAACACCUUAUAAUAGUGACACUGUGCUAGUUCACAGAGUACACAGCUAUCUGGAGCGGCAUGGCUUAAUCAAUUUUGGUAUCUACAAAAGAGUGAAGCCCCUACCAACUAAGAAGACUGGCAAGGUGAUCAUUAUUGGUUCUGGAGUCUCUGGCUUAGCAGCAGCUCGCCAACUGCAGAGCUUUGGAAUGGAUGUCACACUCCUAGAAGCAAGGGAUCGUGUAGGGGGCAGAGUUGCCACUUUUCGCAAAGGAAACUAUGUUGCAGAUCUAGGAGCCAUGGUAGUAACAGGACUCGGAGGAAACCCAAUGGCUGUGGUGAGCAAGCAAGUCAAUAUGGAAUUGGCCAAAAUAAAACAAAAAUGUCCACUUUAUGAAGCCAAUGGACAAGCGGUUCCAAAGGAGAAAGAUGAAAUGGUAGAGCAAGAGUUUAAUCGUUUGCUGGAAGCCACCUCAUAUCUUAGCCACCAGCUGGACUUCAAUGUCCUUAAUAACAAACCUGUCUCCUUGGGCCAGGCUUUGGAAGUUGUCAUACAAUUACAGGAGAAGCAUGUGAAAGAUGAACAGAUUGAACACUGGAAGAAGAUAGUGAAAACUCAAGAAGAGCUUAAAGAUCUCCUGAAUAAGAUGGUCAACCUGAAAGAGAAAAUCAAGGAGCUCCACCAGCAAUACAAGGAGGCAUCUGAAGUAAAACCACCUCGAGACAUCACAGCAGAGUUCCUUGUGAAGAGUAAGCAUAGAGAUCUUACUGCUCUGUGCAAGGAGUAUGAUGAGUUGUCUGAAACCCAAGCAAAGCUGGAAGAAAAACUUCAAGAACUGGAAGCCAACCCUCCAAGUGAUGUUUAUUUAUCAUCAAGGGAUAGACAGAUUCUUGACUGGCAUUUUGCAAAUCUUGAAUUUGCAAAUGCUACACCACUCUCUACUUUGUCACUAAAGCAUUGGGACCAGGAUGAUGAUUUUGAAUUCACUGGCAGUCAUCUGACUGUGAGAAAUGGCUAUUCCUGUGUGCCUGUCGCUCUGGCGGAAGGAUUAGACAUUAAACUAAACACGGCCGUUCGGCAGGUUCGCUACACAGCUUCAGGAUGUGAAGUGAUAGCUGUCAAUACCCGGUCCACUAGCCAGACGUUUAUUUAUAAGUGUGAUGCUGUUCUGUGUACCCUUCCCUUGGGAGUGCUGAAACAGCAGCCUCCUGCAGUACAGUUUGUUCCUCCACUUCCGGAGUGGAAGACAUCUGCUGUGCAACGAAUGGGAUUUGGAAACCUUAACAAGGUUGUGCUGUGUUUUGACCGUGUCUUUUGGGACCCAAGUGUUAAUUUGUUUGGUCAUGUUGGAAGCACAACAGCCAGCAGGGGAGAACUUUUCCUGUUUUGGAAUCUUUACAAAGCACCAAUUCUUCUGGCCUUGGUGGCAGGUGAAGCAGCAGGAAUCAUGGAGAAUAUCAGUGACGAUGUCAUUGUCGGGCGCUGCCUUGCAAUUCUCAAGGGCAUUUUUGGCAGCAGUGCUGUCCCUCAGCCUAAGGAGACAGUGGUAUCUCGUUGGCGGGCUGAUCCUUGGGCCCGAGGAUCCUAUUCCUAUGUAGCAGCUGGAUCUUCAGGAAAUGAUUAUGACUUGAUGGCUCAGCCAAUUACUCCAGGACCAGCCAUUCCAGGAGCUCCUCAGCCAAUUCCCCGUCUGUUCUUUGCAGGAGAACAUACGAUUCGCAACUACCCAGCAACUGUUCAUGGGGCUCUGCUGAGUGGACUGAGAGAAGCUGGCCGCAUUGCAGACCAAUUUCUUGGAGCAAUGUACACGCUGCCUCGCCAAGCUACUCCUGUGGCAACAGCACAGCAGGCUCCUGCCAUGUAAAGAUGGAAGCUGCCAGAGGCAGCGCAGCAGGCUCCGAAUGCCUUCCAUGGACUUGACUAGAAGCAAGUGGCCUUCCUGGUUGUAGCACUGCUGAUUAAAAGGUGCAACCAGGAGUCAAAAGGAUCACCCCGUUGAGUGGCCUUCUAAGACAUCAGUCAUCCAAGAAGGCAGUUCCUGAUUGCCAGAGCAGCCUCAGUUCACUGGAGUGAUGCACGUGCUUCCCAAAAUACAGACUUGUGGUCUCUCUUGAGUGAGAUCUUUUUUGGUACAGAUGUGUGUUUGUUUGUUUCUUCCCAGGGUUUAGAACUCUUGUAUGUUAGCUGCUGUUAGUAUCUAAGGUAAGAUUGUUUUAUGUGGAUUUUGUUUGGGGAAGCAAAAAUAAAGUUUUUUAUCAA